GGCUUUUUUGCCAAAAUAAAGUUGAGAUUCGCAAACCAGCUUCAUGAUGAAAAGCUAGUUCUGUGUAGGUUAGAAUUAUUAUUAUUAACUGCGUUAUCUGAGAACACAUAGAAACCGGAUGCAUUUAUUCAAAUUAUUUUGGCAUAUGAGAAAUACAUUUAGAAAUAAUUUUUGUAUAUAAAUUGAAUUUUUGAUAAGAUUAUUUGUCAGUUUUCUCAGAGUCCUCGAGUAACAAACAAUCAAAAUCAACAUGUUCAAAUUCGCCGUUCUUGUUGCCAUCUUUGGCUUGGCUGCUGCUGUCUCAGACGAUUUCGCCGCUGAAACUAAGGCUUAUGAGAAUGUGAUCUCACCUGCCGGUGAAGCUUUCCACUACGCUUACCAGACCUCAAACGGCAUCGAAGUUAACUCAGCUGGUGACGCCAAUGUUAUCUCUGGAUCAUACAAAUACAUCUCACCCGAAGGUGAAACCGAAACUUUGAGCUGGACCGCUGAUGAUCAAGGUUUCCACCCAUCCGGAGCUCUCUUGCCAACUCCACCACCAAUUCCAGCUUACAUCAUCCGUGCCGUCGAAUGGAACUUGGCUCACCCACAAGCCCAAGAAUCUUCCGGACGCAAAUUGUAAGGUGUCAAUUGAUUUAGUUGUUAUAGUGAUAAUAAAA